CGCAGAGUGCAGUCACACUGGAAGCUCAGUUUAUAAAUUCAGCAAACAUCAAAAACUCGAACGCCAAAGAAAUCUAAUUUAAAGAUUGUGAAUGAUAUUGUUUUUUGUUUUGUAUUUUUUUCACCACAGCCACAUAGCUAACGAUACACGCGAUAGUGCAUACAAAGCAAAUCCAUUGCCGCUUAGCAAAUACCAAUUGAAAACUUACUCCAACCAGAAAACGAAUCGUGUGUGUGUGUGUUUGUAUGUAUGUAUGUGUGUGCCAGUGUCUGCGGACAAACCGAAGAAGUGACGUUUACAGCAAAUAAAAGUCGGUCUCGUCAAAAUUUGAAGUGAAAUUAAAUAAAAAGUCAUCGUCGUCGUCGUCCAGCAAUUACAACUCUUUCAUGGCAGUUUAAUGCACGUCUGAUUGGAACGACGACGUCGCUUCGCUCGUCGUCUUCGCCUGAAAAUUCGCCAUCUUCGCUUAGAAUACCAAUAAGAAGCAAUAACGUGCGAAACGAAACGAGAGCCGCGACGAUGAGCUGAGCCUAGCUAUGCAUUCAGAGAGCUAUCGUUGAGAUCAGCCCGCGGGGAUAACUGCUCAAGGACCAACAGCAACAACAGUAACAACAACAACAACAACAACAACAAGAACCACAACUUCAACAACUUUGUGUCUGCGCCAAAAAGAGAACUAAAACAGCAACCAUAAAGAGAGUGUAAGAGAGAGAGAGAGUGAGAGAGUGAGAGAGAGCACGCUCGCAUCUUCGAUAGAGUUUGUUGUGGCAGCCCCGUCAUAUAGAGAUGACACUGACCGCAACGGCAACGCCACCGGAGAGCAACAAGAAAAUGGAAGUGAAUGCCCCAGCAGACGAGAAUCUGCCCACAUCUGAAAUGGAUCUGCUAGCCAAGCUGGAGGCGGCCAACAAGCUAAUCGAGAGCGAUGCCAAAAGUCUCAACUCGCUGCACUCAACGCACAGUCGCAAGAACUCGGACACGAGCCAAAUCAGCCUGACAUCAAGCGGCAAUUCCGUCGCCGAGGAGGACAUCUGGACGACAUGGGCAUCCAUUCUGAACGACUGGGAUGGCGCGCUGAAGCGCAAGAAUCCCUGUGUGCGCGAGCUGGUGCGCCGUGGUAUUCCGCAUCAUUUUCGUGCCAUCGUGUGGCAGCAGCUGAGCGGCGCCGCCGACGCCGAUAAGAAACAGUAUGCGGAGUACAUAAAGGCGACGUCGGCGUGCGAGAAGGUGAUUCGGCGUGAUAUAGCGCGCACCUAUCCGGAGGUGGACUUCUUCAAGGAGAAGGACGGGCCCGGCCAGGAGGCGCUGUUCAAUGUGAUCAAAGCGUAUUCGCUGCACGAUCGUGAGGUCGGCUACUGCCAGGGCUCUGGCUUCAUUGUGGGCCUGCUGCUGAUGCAGAUGCCCGAGGAGGAGGCGUUCGCAGUGCUCGUGCAGAUCAUGCAGCAGCAUCGCAUGCGGCACAUGUUCAAGCCAUCGAUGUCCGAGCUGGGCCUGUGCAUGUACCAGCUGGAGAAUCUGGUGCAGGAGCAGAUACCCGAUAUGCACCUACAUUUCCAGCAGCAGGGCUUCCAGACGACCAUGUACGCGUCCAGCUGGUUCCUAACGCUCUACACGACCACACUGAACGUGAACCUCAGCUGCCGCAUUAUGGAUGUCUUCCUCAGCGAGGGCAUGGAGUUCAUUUUCAAGGUGGCGCUGGCCCUGCUGCUCACCGGCAAGGAGUCGCUGCUGUCCCUCGACAUGGAGGCCAUGCUGAAGUUCUUUCAGAAGGAGCUGCCCGGCCGCGUCGAGGCCGAUCCGGAGGGCUUCUUCAACUUGGCCUAUGCGCAGAAACUGAACACGAAGCGCAUGAAGAAAAUGGAGAAAGAGUAUCAAGACUUGAAGAAAAAGGAACAGGAGGAGAUGGUCGAGCUGCGACGGCUGCGCCGCGAGAAUUGUCUACUCAAGCAGCGCAACGAGCUGCUCGAGGCCGAGAGUGCCGAGCUGGCCGAUCGUCUGGUGCGCGGCCAAGUCUCACGUGCCGAAGAGGAGGAGACGAGCUAUGCCAUUCAAACGGAGCUGAUGCAGCUGCGACGCUCCUAUCUGGAGGUCUCGCAUCAGCUGGAGAAUGCCAACGAGGAGGUGCGCGGCCUCAGCCUGCGGCUACAGGAGAAUAACGUUUCGAUCGAUAGCAAUAAUUCGCGGCAAUCGUCUAUCGACGAGCUGUGCAUGAAGGAGGAGGCGUUGAAGCAGCGCGACGAGAUGGUCUCCUGUUUGCUGGAGGAGCUGGUCAAGGUGCGGCAGGGCUCGGCCGAAAGUGAGGAUCAGAUACGAACUCUCAAGUCGAAGAUCGAGGAGCUCGAGGAGGAUAAGAAGACGCUGCGCGAAACAACGCCCGACAAUUCGGUGGCCCAUCUGCAGGACGAGUUGAUAGCGAGCAAGUUGCGCGAGGCGGAGGCCUCGCUAUCCCUCAAGGAUCUCAAGCAGCGCGUGCAGGAGCUGAGCAGCCAAUGGCAGCGCCAGCUGGCCGAGAAUCAGCGCAACGAGCAUAGCGCCGCCUCCGUGGACUCCACACCCAAAAAGCUGUUGACCAACUUUUUCGAUAACUCCAAGUCGACGGAGCACACACAGAAGCUCGAGGAGGAGCUAAUGACGACGCGCAUACGUGAAAUGGAAACGCUCACCGAGCUGAAGGAGCUGCGACUGAAGGUCAUGGAGCUGGAGACUCAGGUGCAGGUGUCCACAAAUCAGCUGCGCCGUCAGGACGAGGAGCAGAAGAAGCUCAAGGAGGAGCUCGAGCUGGCUGUCACACGCGAAAAGGAAUUGGCCAACAAGGCGCGCGAACAGCAGCACAGAUACUCGGAUCUGGAAUCUCGCAUGAAGGAUGAGCUCAUGAAUGUCAAAAUCAAGUUCACCGAACAGAGCCAAACGGUCGCCGAGCUGAAGCAGGAGAUUUCACGACUGGAGACAAAGAAUUCGGAAAUGCUUGCCGAGGGUGAACUGCGCGCCAAUCUCGAUGAUUCGGAUAAGGUGCGCGACCUGCAGGACAGGUUGGCUGACAUGAAGGCGGAGUAUCCAACGCCAAUAACCAGCCCCGACACUGAGCCGUGGAAGUGGAUAAGCUAAGCUAAUCGAAUAUAUAUAAAGUGCUAACCAAAACUAAAACUAAACCAAAAACAAAUAUUCAGCAAAGCAUCGUCGUCAAAUACCAAAAGCAUCUAUCCCCACAUUCCAGUUAAACCCCAAAUCGACUUCAACACUUUAACAGCCAACGACCAAAUGUGCAAAUCAGGUGUCUAUAUAAAACUCUGUUGAAGAACGAACUCAUUACCCAAUCCUAGAUUAGCAUUAGCAUUCUGUAUAGUUACGAUCUAAGCGCCUGUUAGAUCAUAGACUUUGUUGUCGAUUGUUUUUGAAUACAUUUGGUAUAUCCAUCAUGUUCAUAUUUCAAAAUUCUUAUUACAAUUUGGCAUGUAUUUAGUGUUAACUCUGCAUCUGCCUGCUGUUUGUCCCCAAAUAAUAUAUGAACAUAUUUCCAUUUAUAAACUUUUAUUUCCGAGUGAAGCAUGCGCUUUUAGAUUUCAUACAAAUUUCCCAAGAUUUGUGCAUAAUUUCUAUAAUUUUAUUUACUGUUUUGCAUGCUAAACGGGGAUUGGUCUAUUUGCAUGUUAUACAUAUGUUAUUAUUUAUAAUAAGAUUUUACUAUUUAUUCUGUGAGCUCGCUUCAUAUCGGCUCAAAACUAUUUUAUAUGUUAUUAAGUAAAAACUGUAAUAUAAUUAUAAUAAAGAAAAUCUCGCAUUUUUA